CUUAGCGCAGUUUCAUCAUGGGUGUUCUCCUGCGUAACUUACAGAAUGUAGUGCCGCUUAGACGCGCGAGGCUCCGCAAAGAUGUUGAGACGUUAAGGCACAUUUUGGGUAUUCAGAAGUUCGAUUUGGGUUUAAUCUGCGUGGACAACGCUAGGAUUCAACGUAUCAACAACGUUUACAGGAAGAAAAACGUUCCAACAGAUGUACUCUCAUUUCCUUUCUACGAGGACCUAAGACCUGGAAAACUUCCCUGUAGUAUGCAUAGAGAUGACUUUAACUUAGGUGAUAUCUUCUUAGGAGUUGAAUAUAUAAUGCAACAGUGUCAACAGACAGAUCAGGACUUCAAUGGAACAUUAACAGUUGUCACUGCGCAUGGAAUCUGUCACUUACUUGGGUACAGACAUGACACGGCGGAAGAGUGGAAUGAGAUGCUACGGAAGGAAAGUUACAUCUUGAGCGAGUUCAACAGACUAACGGGCAGUCAUCUGGAGCCCCUCACAAAGAAAUGCACACGAGACGUGUGACAGAAAUCUGAGAGUUCAGAGAUGGACAACUUUUUGGACUAGGCAGUUUACUGCUGACCCAGGGUGAAUGAUGAACCAAUUAUAUAAUCACACAACAAACAAACCAGAACACUGUACAUAUUUUAAUUCAAAACAUAAACACACGAUUCAUUUCGUUUUUCACAAACGGGUUUUAUUUUAAAAUGCACUUUAGGAAGGCAAAU